AACGCGGGCCAAUCAGAAGCCCUCAGAUCAGUACACCUUCUUUUCAGAAAUCAUUCAUAACGCCGAUGCCUCAAACGUUUUUACGAGGACCCUGGUAUAAAUAUGGCUGGAGUAGUUAGUCAUUUUUCCAAAAUGAAAGGAUAGAAACUAAGGAACAGAAACGAAUCCUGGUUAUGUGUCCUUUACCUAACCUUUGAUAACUACUUUUAUUCCUUGUUCUAUAUUUAGUCUACCAGACUCUCCGUUUACAAUGAGUGGAUUAUUUCUGAAAAAUGUAUUGGUGGCAGCAGCGGUAUGUUGCUCGGUGCUGGUCACGGUGGCACUGGGGUCUCUGUUGGGGUCCCCGGUGUUAGCGCAAGAGCCGAUCCGAUGCGCCCCGUGCGCGCCGGAGAAGCUGAGCGAGUGUCCAGUGGUGGCGCACGGCUGUGUGGAGGUUCUGAGUGAGCCGGGUUGCGGAUGCUGUCUUGUCUGCGCCCUGAUGACGGGGGAACUGUGCGGAAUCUACACGGCGCCAUGCGGGUAUGGACUGAGGUGCACCCCAAUACCCGGCGACCUCCAGCCGCUGCACUCCCUUAUUCGCAGCCAGGCGGUGUGCAUGGCGAGCCCUAUUCCCCAAAACCCAGAUCGAGGAGAGGUGGACGCUCCCAGAGACUCAGGCCCCUGCUUCACGAGCUACCCUCCUGGCCACAACAAGUCCUUCGAUCCCCCGUCUGCCGCGGACGCGCAGGAGAGCAUGAAAGCCAAAGUCAGCGCAAUCAGGAAGAAACUGGCGAAGCAGGCUCCCUGUCAAUUGGAGUUGCAGAGAGCUCUGGAGAAGAUCGCUAAGUCACAACAGAAGCUAGGAGACAAACUGGCCAGGUUCUACCUGCCAAACUGUGACAAACACGGGCUCUUCAAAGCCAAACAGUGUGAGUCGUCUCUUGAUGGACAGAGAGGCAGGUGUUGGUGUGUGUCCUCCUGGAAUGGAAAGAAGAUUCCAGGAUCCACUGAUCUGUCUGGAGAUGCAGACUGUUCUUAAGAGAUCAACCACUGAUGCAGAACACACACACACUAACACGCACGCACACACACACUGUAAACCACUGAUUUUCUUUUGAUACUUGUUAUUUAUUAAUUGUCCAUGGCGGUGUUUGAUAUUCAGGUACACACUAUCACUGUGGGACUGAUGACCCCUGACCUUCAAUCCCUGAAUCCUGAUCCCGUCCCUCCCAACCAAAGAGAAAAUCCAUGUUUUUUCUGAAAAGGAGAUUUUUAUAUUUUAAUGCAUUUUCUUUAACUCUACAGCCUUACUUAUUUCACAUUAUGUACUGUAUGUAUCCAUUUGUAAUUGUAUUUUAAUAUUUAUAUAAUUUAGCCUUAUUUUCAUUAUUAUCAUUAUUAUUAUUUGUGCAUUAUUAUCAGUGUAUAAAGUGUAUAUAUGUAUCGACGCCCUGAGUUACUCCAUGUUGCUCUGGGCCCAGUUUUCCAAAAGCAUCUUAAGGCUAAGUUAAUCUUCAGAACAUUCAUAGGGGCAUCGUUAAAUCUCCGAACUGUUUCCCAAAACUAUCAUUACUAAAGCUGCACUUGAAAACACUCAUUAUUUACCGACUGCCUCAGACCACUCAUAGAACAGCUGUGUCGUUAGAUGUGUUUUUCACUUCAUACACAGAAGAGCUCUGCUGAACAUAGAAUCGAGAUGUUUAUCUGUCUCUCUGUGACCGCCGAUAACUUCACAACGAAGUUGACUACAAACAGAACGUUGCCAAUGUCUUUGCUAGUGUUACAAACAAGCAAACGAUUAAAAGAUCCUUCAAAUGAAAAAUGAGAUGACUGCGUUAAAAGAUAAAUAGCCUUCCUACAGUAUGUUCUACAUAGGCCUAUAUUUCAAUGAUAUUGAAAUCUAUUUCAUGUUCAUUCAAUUGAGUUUUGCUUUGCUAUUUGGUACAUUUUGCCUCAAUAUAUCUCAUGAUAUGUAGCCUAACAUGUGAUCUGCCAAAUCUUGACAGUGCAUUAUUAAGGGAAAGGGAAAGGGGAAUAGUGAGUCAGUUGUACAACUGAAUGCCUUCAACUGAAAUGUGUCUUCCACAUUUAACCCAACCCCUCUGAAUCAG